AUGAUAAAUGAUUAUUUUGAGACUGGAGACCCAUCACGUUGGGUCGUGCUCGCGCUCUUUUGCCUUUUCAGUGCUUCUAAUGCUAUACAAUGGAUCACCUAUGCUCCAAUCGCUAUCACGGUGAAGGAGUUCUUUCGACUUUCCACCAACGAAGUCAACCUACUAUCUACGGUGUAUAUGAUUAUUUUUGUUGUUGGGGUGUACUUCAGUACCACAACUUUCGAGAAAUGGGGUGUGCGGCAAGGGCUUAUUGUUGGCAGUUUCCUCAAUGCGUUGGGUUCAAUUCUGAAGGUGGUGUACGGGAUGCAAUAUCCCGGCUUCGCCCCACUGAUUAUCUCUCAGACUAUUAACUCCAUCGCGCAGCUUUUUGUCCUGUCGACGCCGCCGGUGAUUGCGGCGCAGUAUUUCCCGCCGCCCAAGCGGGCCUUCGCGACGAAUCUCGCGACCACCGCGAACAACCUCGGAAACGCUGUCGCGCUGUUUAUUCCGCCUUUUAUUGUGCGGAAGGGCACCGCGGCGGAGUUUUAUCUUCUUUUCGGUUUAGAGAUGGUUGUUUGUGUGCUUAUUUUGGGGCUUAUCUUCUUCUUUGUUCAACCCCCGCGUUUCCAAGGGCUAAAUAAGACUUUGUUAAACACUAAGACCCCCGCCGCGGUGGCGGAUUCGGCCCUUUCCGGGGAGGUCGGCAAUCGCCUGUCGGAUCAGCCCCGGGAGUUGGCGGAAAUGCCCGUGGGGGCCCAGGAGCCCCUCCACAUGAGCAGCCCGGACAAUUUUGUCAAUCCCCAUUUGCGCGACGACCCUUUUGGCUGCAAAAAGGCGCCGCAGCAGGGAGCGGGCUCAUGGUUCGCGGUAUUGGGAGAGGAUUUCGUCCAGGAGGUAAUCAAUGUCGGGCGGACCAUCGGCAAGCUGUGCAGGACGAGCGACUUUCUUUUUCUUUUUGGCGCCUUCAGCAUUAGCAUGGGCAGCGUGUGGACCUACGCGUCGGUGCUUUCGCAGGUCUUGUAUCCUUUUGGGGUGUCGGCUCAGUUGGCAGGCAUUGCGUCCGCGAUGAACGUGGUGGCCGGUACCAUCUCCUCCUUUUUUGUCUGCGCAUGGGUGGAUCGUAAGCGGCGCUAUAAGUAUCCCAUUAUUAUUUGCCUUACCGGCGCGCUUCUAUCCUGUCUGGGGUUAUUAAUUCUCAUGAUUCGAGCACCGAGUCCAUCCUCAAUUAUGAAUGUUUUGUCAACCACCUUUGUUAUUGUUGCUGGGGUCUUCCAAAUCACGACAAUCCCCAUUUGCUUUGAGUUCGCGAUGGAGAUUUCAUUUCCUCUCCAGGAGUCGGUGCCUGGAUCGAUGCUCAUGGCAGGUGCGAAUCUGUCUUCGUUGAUCCUGGUGACCGCCUCGUCGUAUAUUCUUGGAGAUGAUGACCCCACUAAGCGGACUGCGGUGAAUGUGAUUAUUAUGAUCGUAUCCAUAUCUGUCGUGGGCGCGCUGUUGGUUUUACCGCCUCGUGAGAAAUUGAACAGACGGGAUGCCGAAUUGCUCGUGAAGGAGCAGCUGAAUAUGGUAGAGCCAAAGGACCUCUCAGCGGGUGCCGCGCCGAACCGCAAGCUCGCCUAA